UUCAUUCAGUCAGUCAAACAAAACGGUGGACGACGCCAUUAUUGUAAUUGUGUUCUGUGAUUGUGUUCGUGUUUGACGUUGUUGUUGACUAUCGCAAUACGGUUGUGUACAUUUAAACGAUUUAAUGUUAUUUUAUGAUAAAUGUGUACCGUUUCAACAGGUUUUGUACCACAAUACGUAUUAUGCAUAAAUUAUUAUCAAAAUUAAAAGCAGAAAUUUGACAGCGAAAUGUCGGGUGGUCGGUUGGUGGUGGUGGACCGCGCGGGGCGCGACGUGAAGCGGUUCCCGCUGGCGGAGGGCCUGGCCACCCUGGGCAGUGACCCCGCCUGCGACAUCCGUAUCAUGCUGCCCACGGUCAGCCCUCACCAUGCCACUGUGGUAGUGCAUGCCAACCAGACGGUGGUGCGCAACGUGUGCGAGGAGGAGACGCUGGUGAACGGGCGGUGCGUGAGCGUGGCGGCGCUGCGGCACGGCGACGUCAUCAGCAUCGGCGGCCGGCAGCUGCGCUGGGAGUACGCCGACGCCAGCGCGCCGCGCCUGCAGGCGCCCGAGCCGGCGCUGCACGUGUCGCGGCGCAAGCGGCGCGGCUUGCGGCGCGGCAGCGGGCCGGCGCCGGCGGCCGCGCCCGACCCCGCGCUGCGCCGCGCCAUCGAGAUGUCCCACAGAGCCUCCAUGCCUGGCAGCGCCGGCGGCAAGCAGGUGGCCAUUGUGCAGCCGCAGAGAAGAGACAUCGCGCAGCCAAUUGAUAAAAACGCGCCGAGGACGCCGGUACAAGGGAACAAGCGGCCUAGAACAUCUAAGGGUGAGGUGGACACGUCCGUCACGGAGGCAGAGAGUGACAAAGGGAAGCGCAAGUCCAACAGCCGCGUGAGUCCCAAGAGCGCGGCGCAGCUGCACGGCACCACCAAGGCGACGCUGUGGAUCGAGUCCCGCAAGCGCAGCCCGCGCCGCCGGGCCGCCAGCGCCACGCCGCCGCGCCGCACGGCCGUCAGCGCCACGCCGCCGCGUCGCCGCACCGCCGUCGGCGCCACGCCGCCGCGCCGCCGCACGGCCGCCAGCGUCACGCCGCUGCGCCUCGCCGUGCUCAAGCGGGCGCAGAGCGCACACAAGCUGAAACUCACUAAAAUCGAAGAACCGCUUAAAAUGGACGAGACCAAGCAGGCGGCGCUCCGGCUGAUGACGGGGCAGGUGUCCCGCGCCGCCGCCAGCUCGCCCGCCCUGCUGGUGAAGAGGCCCAGCCCCGCCGCCGCCCCGCGCCCCGCCCCGCGCCGCUCCGCCGCCAGCCGCUCGGUAACAAUCCUUGAGAUCUCGGAUUCAGACGGACGCAAUUCAUCAUUACGAAAUAGUAACAGAGCAUCGCGCUCGUCAGGACAUAACAGUCCCAGGAAGUCGGUCGCGGCGAAAAGUCCCAGAAAGUCGGCCCUGAAAGAUCCUUCCGGCAAGCGCGGCAGCAGGAAGGCGGAGUCUAUCAAGUUCGACCUGAGCAACCUGGAGAACUACUCGGGCGCGUCGGACGCGAUGCUGGCGUCGGGCGGCGCCACCGACGACGACGCCACGCUGCGCUACUCGUCCUCGCCCGCGCCCUCCCCCGCGCCCUCGCCCUCCCCGCGCCGCUCCAUCCACGCGCGCUCCGCACACCUGCUGCAGCGCAGCCUGCGCGGCGCCGCCCCCGCCUCCCCCGCCCCGCGCUCGGCGGCGCGCAGCUCGCGCGGCAGCAUGCUGCUGGCGCGGGCGCUGGGCAGGCGCGGCGGCAGCGCGGGCGCGGCGCAGCUCACGCGCACGCUGAGCCCGCGCGAGCCGCGUGCGCUGGAGUCCUACUCCAUCGUGGACCUGGUGUCCGUGGACACCGAAGACUCCGUGUACGACUCCGCCGGCUCCGGCCUCACGACGUUCGGGACUCCUCGCACCGCCGCCGGGCGGCAGACUCGCUCCACCAUUGACGCGACCCUCCUGGGCUCCAGCACGCCCUACGCUAAGGGCCGGCCGUCCACUCCUAGAUCUCGGUCCGACCCGAGCCUCGACACUUUCAGUAAUGUUUCCGUGAACGGAUCGCGCUCCACAAUCCGCGCGUCCAAAUCGAAACGAUCGAAAUCGUUGUCGACCCCCGAGAACACGGAGGAUGCCAAGAAGCAUAUAACGGUGAACAGCACUCGGAUAUCGCGCGCGUCGCGCAGCAGGUCGCGUCUCAACGACACUGACUUGUUGCUGCUCGAAGACGACGAAGACUCUCCGAGGACCUCCAAACGCAUCAGCACCACUUCAAAAUCUAUCAGAAUUAGCACACGUUCGGCUGCCGAUGAUACUGUAGCGACGCCCACGCAUUCACCAGCGCAAAACGAAGGCAUCAGUACACCGGAAAAUAGACAUAGUCCCGAGGAAGCCAGCACACCUGUUCUGAGUAUUCAAAGCCUUUUAGAUUCCAGCCAAAGUUCUUUUGUUUCACAAAAAGCUACAAGAAAAGGCAGGACUUCAUUCAAUACUAAAAGAAAGACAAUCGGAGGAAUCUCAGGACCUAGGACCAGAAUCGGGGCAAAAUCUAAGUCUAUGAGCUUCAGUGUGAGAAAAACUAGAUUGAGGUUGAGCAGUGACUCUGUGGACAAAUUAAACCACACCCACAACGGUGAAGUGGCGACGCCCAAGAGCGCCGUCAAGUUAGUUCAGGAGGCGGUGAAGAACAAACAUUCGACGGCCAAGAAGCCGCAGUCGAAGCGGUCCAUCAUCGACGACCUGAACGAGUCCGACAUCGUGAAGCAACUGUUCAGCAGCCCCGUGAAGCGCAAGCUGUCGCAGAGCAUGACGGAGCUGUCGCGGCGCCGCGAGUUCGCCGACGAGGCGCCGCGCGGCCGCCGCACGCUGCCCGCCGCCUCACCGCCCGCCGCCUCGCCGCCCGACCACGCCGACUGCUACACGCCCGAGCUGUUCGUGAGCCCGCUCAGCACGCCGCGCAGCGCCAGCCCCGCGCCGCGCCGCCCGCCCCGCGCCCGCCGCUCCAUCAAGAACGACUUCACCGACGUCACUGGCCUCAAGAACAUAUUCGCAAGGAGCCCUAGGAACCGCUUGAGUGACGUCAGAGUUAAACAGGUGUUCGCUUCCUCGCCCAAAAAUGAUUUGCGCCGCGUCACCGGCGUCAAAGCGUUGUUCCAAACCGCUGAGAGGAGAUCGCCCAGAAACGAAUUAGAUGACGUAAGGGGCGUAAAGAAAUUAUUUAAAACACGAAGUCCUGCCAAUGAUCUACGGAAUGUAUCUGGAGUUAAAAGAAUGUUAAAAAGACGAAGUCCUAAAAACGAUCUGAGCGAUGUGCGAGGGGUGAAGCGAAUGUUCAGGCGCGAGACACGGAACGAUCUGAGUGACGUCAGCGGAGUGGAGGAGCUGUUCAACUUGUCCAACCUGUCGUCGGCGACCGUGUCCACGCGCGCGGAGAGCCUGUUCGAUCAGCUGGUCGGCAAGCAGCAGAUCAGAGCGGUCUAUUCUAAAACAUUCUCCACCGAGAAGACAGUUCAGAAGACGAAAACUCUUAAAACUAAAUCAUUACACGCAUCCUUAGAUCAGGUGACGAACACCGACAGUUGGCUGGAACAGGAGUUGAACAAGAGACUGCAAAUAAAGAACUACCUGGAGUCCUUACAGGCCGCCGACGACUCCGCCGCGAACAGAUCGAAGGCGCGGAGGUCCAAGUCGGAGCAGGCGCCAGAGGAAGAGUCGGGCUCGCUGGUGCUGCCGCUGAAGAAGCGCUCGCUGGCGGCGCCGCUGCCGCUCAAGAAGCGCGCGCUGGGCCACUCCACGCCGCUCAAGGCGCGCGCGGCGGCCGCGGGGCUGCAGGGGCUGGCGCGCAUGUCGCCCAUCGCCGCUCUCCACCACUCCACAGCAUACGAAGAGAAACCAAAGAAGAACGCGAGAAGCACGAGAGCUAAUACUGAAAAUGUAGAAGACGCGACAACUCCUGCAAUAGUGAAACCUUCUCCUAAAAAGACUCGCAGUAGGGCCAAACCUAAGACUCCAAAAAAAAAUACUAGCCCCAAAAAAGAGAAAGCCAAAGCUAGAAAUACCACUAUUAAAGCGAAAACGACAGGUCCCGUGAAGACUAGGAAUACUCGCACAACUAAGGCCAAAACAAGCACAGUUAUAAAAGCGAGUCCUGUUAAAAAAGUGCGUUCUCCAAAAAAAGUGAGUCCAACGAAAAAAGUGAGUCCUGUAAAAAAAGUGAGUUCUGCUAAAAAAACUAAAGCUACUAAAAAAGUAGCGACGCCUGUUCCAGUCAAAACGACUCGGUCUCGUAGAAAAGAUGUGUCUACUCUUCCCUCUACUCCUCAAACAAACACUAAGAAGCGCGGUGCGAAGGUGGUCGUCGCAAAGAAAUCUCCCCUAAUGAGUCCGAAGCCCAGAGCGUCAAGAAAACGAAAACAGCCAGAGCCUCCCGCGACGCCUAAGCCUAGUGUCAAGAAAACUCGCGCCACUCGCAACAAUCAAUCUGUGAAAGACGAAAAACCAAAGACACCAAAGAGUACGCGCGCUAAGGUGCUCCGCGCCACCCUCGCCGUCAGCAAGCCCUCGCCGCAGCUCAAGCCCCGCGCCGCCCGCCGCCCGCCGCCGAAUCGCCGAUCCGAAUCUCCCAACAAAUCUCAACCUAAAACACACUCUAAGAGAAUUACUCGUCCAGCCGAAGUACAACCCAAAACCAGGAGAAGGAAGACCAACGCGAAGGAGUCUGAAGAUAACGAGUCCGUGGCGAGGUCUGCUACCAAAACUCGGAAAUCUCGUAAGACAGACGCGCCACCCGCCACCAAUAAAAAGGCGAGUAAUAAUAAGGAAGACAAAUCCGGUGCGGCCUCGGCGCCGGCCAGUGCGGCCUCGCGCAAGCGCAAGAGCUCCGCCGCGCCCGCCGCCGCGCCCGCCAAGCUGCGCAAGCCCGCGCCUGUGCCGCGGGACCCGUCGCCCGAGCCCAACCACAAACCUGCUAGAGGCAGAAAGGCAAAAAGUGAGAUUGUUCCUGUAACUCAGACUGGAAAGCGUAAAAGAGCAACUGCGGUGGAGCCGUCACCUGUGCAAGAGCGCAGCAAGCGAGCUCGCGGCAAGGCAGCCGCGCCCGCGCUGCAGCCCGCAGGCAAGACCGCGGGCCGGAGUCGCCGGAGAUAACGAACAUUCAACGUGCUACACUAAACUCAAGUACAAAUAAUACUUAUCAUAAGAUGCGCGCAUGUUUGACGCCGCGCGCUAUAUUUUGAGGUAAUUUUAUGUUUAGCGUUCCUCGGGGACCUUGUGUUCUAGUAGUAAUAUUAUGUACAAAGUAUGAAAUAAUAGUUUAUAUCCGGGCGAUUUUAUUCAUACUCAGUCCACAACGAAUCUAUUAUGGAUUAUGUUCCAGUCAAAUAUAAUUUAUCUUAAACCGCAUGAAUGUUUUACCCUCUGACUAAUAGAUUUUAUCUAAGUAUAUUAUGAUGGAUUUUAAAAAUUAUAACAAUUCGCGGAUACUUAAUUUAUUAUGAUGGAAGUUUUAAAAAUUCUAACAUUUCUCUGAUACUUGGUAGAGCAAGUAGUUAUCUGGAGAUACCGCGCUGUGGUCCGCCAGUGCCCAGUGAUUUACAACAGAAUAAAUACCUUAGCACAAUAUUUCACAAAGUAGCUUCUCUCUUAUCAUGUUCAUUUCAAUUAUAUUUAUAAUUAUAUUUGUAAGCUCUUUUUGCUAUAAGGUUUUUCUUAUUUUUUAAUACGCUAAUUGUAACACAAACUAGCAUAUAUCUUAUAUUUUACUGAGAAGGAUACAAUGUCGGGAUCCUGAAUGCAAACACAUUUAGUUUUAAAGCUGAUCGGUGCUAGUGAACGCACAUUGUUCAAUGGUUAGUACAUAUUCUUGGAUUAUGUUAUUGUUUUCAUAAUUCGUAGAUUAUUGUUUUAUUCUAUCAUAACUAAUCAUAAGUUUUUAUCUUUUUACCUUGAUGAAAAUUACAAACUUGGCAGAUUUCCAUUAUUAAAAAAAACAUGAAAUAGUUGCAGGUAACUGGAAGUACGAAAUGCAAAGUAGGCAAUGUAUAGGGAACAAAGUACAAUAUUGAAUUAAUUGAAAAAUGACAAGAUAUACGAUACUGACAAGAGUCAAAAUUAUAAAUAUAAGAUUUGGAAUUGAUAUUUUAAAAAUGUUGUUGCAUAGCUUUUAAUAAACAAUUUCGUGAAUA